UCGAUCGUUUUGGGGCGGCUGAAACAGUUAAAAUGUUGUCGAUACACUUGCGCUACGCCAGUUCAGUCGUCGCGAGGAAUUGAAAUGAGAAGGAUCGGUUAAGCACGGUGAUUCAAAAGUGUAUUGGACAGAAUUUGAAGCGUAAAAGGUGGAAAUUUUUGGCGGAAAUUGUUGGAGGCUUACCUCUGUAUAUCUUAAAAAGUGUAACAACUAAUUAAAUUAAUUAUUUUGCACAACUCACUGCAGAACUAAAAAGUCAAAUCCACCUGCAAACUGCAAACACAACACUCGUACAAAUAUAAAACGAUAGAAAAAAUACAAAAGCACAAAAUGCAAUACCCAGUCGGCCGCCAACGUCGCUCGAUUGGCCCCUUCUAUUUGUUGUCAAUUCUCGUUCUAUUGCCGGCAUUGCUCAAUCCGCAACAUCACGUGGCUGCGAUUACGACAAUUAACUCGGAAGUAGUGAGCACAGAACAACAACAACCACGACAGCAACCAACACAACCCACGCCACAACAACAGCAGCAACAAAGCGAAAAACAACAAAGUCAACAGCAAAGCAACACAAAGCCAAACAUAAUUAUCAUUUUGAUAGAUGAUAUGGGCUUUAACGAUGUCAGCUUUCAUGGCUCGAAUCAAAUAUUAACACCGAACAUUGAUGCGCUCGCCUACAAUGGCAUCAUAUUGAAUCGUCACUAUGUGCCCAAUUUGUGUACUCCGUCGCGUGCGUCGUUGCUCACCGGCAAAUAUCCAAUACAUACAGGUAUGCAACACUCCGUCAUCAUUAACGAUCAGCCGUGGGGGCUGCCAAUUGGCGAACGUCUGCUGCCCGAAAUAUUACACGAUGCCGGUUAUGCAACAAAUUUAAUAGGUAAAUGGCAUUUGGGUUUCUGGCGCAAAGAAUUGACGCCUACAUUGCGCGGUUUCGAUCAUCAUUUCGGCUACUAUUCCGGCUACAUUGAUUACUACAAUCACACAAUGCAUAUGCUGGACCGCAAUUACUCGGCCGGCUUGGAUUUCCGUCGCGACUUGUCGCCAUGGCCUGAGGCUGAUGGCCUUUAUGCAACUGAUGUUUUCACACAGGAAGCGGAGCGCGUUAUCUACCAACAUGAUGCGGCGGUAAAGCCUUUGUUUCUGCUAAUGAGCCACUUGGCCGUGCACACCGGUAAUGAGAAUAAUCCUAUGCAGGCGCCUGAAGAGGAGGUGGAGAAAUUUUCGCACAUCAGUGAUGUGAAGAGGCGCACUUAUGCAGGCAUGGUCUCCCGCCUGGAUGACAGCGUUGGCCGCGUAAUACGUGCGCUCUCCAACAAAGCUAUGCUUAACAACUCAAUCGUACUGCUAUACUCAGACAAUGGUGCACCCACUGUGGGCAUACACUCGAAUGCUGGCUCCAAUCAUCCCUUCCGCGGCCAAAAGGAGUCACCUUGGGAAGGCGGCAUACGCUCCGCUGGUCUGAUUUGGAGCCCACUGUUGCAGCAACAGAGCUACGUUUCCAAUCAAGUAGUGCACGCCAUCGAUUGGCUACCCACAUUAACGAGCGCUGCUGGCAUUGAACUACCGUCAAAAAUGAAACUCGAUGGCGUUAAUUUAUGGCGCGUGCUCAGCGAAAAUGGUGCAGCACAACCGCGACGCCUGAUUCACGUGCUGGACGACAACGUCGGCUAUAGCGCUUUCACACGUGGCACCCUAAAGUAUGUGAAUGGCACGAGCUUCAAUGGUCUCUACGAUGGCUGGUUGGGUGACUUACCAACGGCAGAGCAGGACCCCACCGCGCUAUAUUAUGUUCAGCAGGUGCUCUCCUCAGAGGUACACCACGUGCUGGGUAAUGAGGAGCUCAGCGUGGAACAAGUGGAACGAUUGCGUGCGCAAGCAACGCAUGAAUGCCCCAACAACGAGGAGAAUUACACACAGGCUGUGUAUCGUUGUGAGCCGUUAUUGGAGCCAUGUUUCUUCGAUAUCGAAAAGGAUCCUUGCGAGCGUUAUAAUUUAGCCAAACUGUAUCCGCUACAGGUACAGCUGUUGGCACAGGAGGUGGAACAGUUUAGGGAGAGUGCAGUGGAGAGUGCGCGUCGGGAUUACAGUGAUCCGCGCUGUGAUCCUGCCCUACAUGGAGGCGUUUGGGAAUGGUGGGCAGAGACGUCGGCUGCGAACGGACGAUGCCAUAUGCACAUGGCGUUCGGAUUGGUAACAGCAGCGGUCAAUGUGAUAUGUGCGCUUGUGUGGCGUGUCGCUCAGUUUGAAUUUUAAUCAGCGGAAAAGCGGAUUUUUAUUGCAUUUAAUUAUUUGAUUUAAAAUUUUUUAAUUUUAAGAAAAAAUAUUUGUUAAAGUACUUACUUAGUAACUGCCAUACAAAAUUGAAUAAAUUAUUAAACAAAGAAAAUCGUAUAAAGCCCUGAAAACUUCGAAAAUCUACAAGUUUUCACGUAACCGUCGUAAACAGUUUCGAGUUUCAAAUUUCCAGUACUCGACCAAUGCGUGCAAAUACACGUUAACUUUGAUUUUUUUCUUCAAAAUUCUACAACUCAGAGCAUUUUAUGGUAUAAUCUUGGUCAGUGAUAGGGUUUCCUCUGAAUUGAAUGCUCUACAAAAGUGUCCAUUACGGCGUAACCCUAACUCCCAUCAGCGAGUUAGUACGGUUCACUAAACCCAAUUUUUUCAUCAAUAACAAGAGCUAAAGAAAAAAUUAUAAUGGCAAACUUUUCAAUUUCCUACAAGAAGGUUCUAGAACACGAAAUCGCUAGCAUUGAUAUUUCCUGAUAUAUCGGGGUGUAUGUUACGUAGUUUUGAGUCUUUAGUCCUAAGACCUUGUUACCCGAGGCUAUGCCAGGCUCUUGUACUAAGGCCACAUCGACCUUGUGUUUCGGCCUUUCUUCAAGAUUUAUGGUAUCGCUCUCCAAGGAUCGCUGCCUUUUCAUUACGGCCUCCUCAAUCCGGUUUGUAAACAGCGGAUCUGAUAAAUGAAACCAUUCGCCCAGUUUCCAUUCCGGACGUAGCCCAAGCCAUUCGUUCUUCCUGUUUCUUCGUUAGACUAGACUUGUAUGAACCUUAAGGGCUACCUUUUAUCAUGCUUUCGCCUUCAUCUCCCCCUUACUGGGCUUGACCCUAGGCCGUUUCGUUGCCUCUGAAGAAGCAUCCUUCUACGCUAACGUGUCAACGCAGACGACGCUUUCCAGGUCCGAGUCUUGAAGAAUUUCAGUACCUCUGUGUUUCGCUUAUUGUAGGUUGGCAGUAGCUGUUGAAUUUUAUGUUUCAAAUACUUUCCACCCCUUCUUAAUAUAGUUCAUAAAUAAAUACUUUCCAAAACCAUUUCGGUUAAUACACAUCUUUUAUUAAUUAAUUUAGCUUAUUAAAUAAUUUGAAUAUAACUUUUUAAAACGGUGAUAAACCCUUUCAAAUACCUGGAAAUUAUUCUAUAUUCACCUUUUCAAAUAGGUGAUAACUCUCUACAAAAUUUUCAAACCAAAACCUACUUUAACCUCUUUCAUUCGACACCCAUAUUCUGAUACAUAUUUUAAUUAUUGCCAUAACUCCGGAUUAAUUUGAAUUUUUAAACAUGUGGCAACACAAAACCCAUUUCCAUUGGUAGCCU